AUGGUGCUUAACUGGACUGUACUCAGCGCUGUUGCUGAGUUCAUCCUGAUGGUGCCUGGGCGCUGGAUUGGCGAGAAGGUGCGCGCCUCCGAGGUGCUGCUCGACGGGGAGCCGCUCGACCCGCCUUCCCCGCUGACGGUCCUGCUGCACAAGCCGGUCGGCUACGUGGUGACGUCACCUGAUGACGAGCGCGUGCUGGACCCCGUCGUGUACAGCCGCCGCCGCCCCUUCCUGAGUGCGGUCGGGCGCCUGGAUAAGGAGACCAGCGGCCUGCUGCUCCUCACCGACGACGGCCAGCUGCUGCACCGCAUCAAGUCGCCCUCAAAACGCAUCUGGAAGGUGUACGUUGCAACGCUCGACGCGCCGCUGUCCGCCAAGGAGGCAGCCGCCGCUGCGCGCCGCUUUGCGAGCGGCACGCUCACGCUGGAAGGUGACCGGUCACCGCUGCUGCCGGCGGCGCUGAGCGUCCUGGAGGGGGGCACGACCGCCGAGGUGGCGCUGGCAGAGGGGCGAUACCAUCAGGUGCGCCGCAUGUUUGCGGCGCUUGGGCGCAAGGUGGUGUCGCUGCACCGCCGCACGGUGGGUGCGCUUACCCUGGAAGGCCUGCCCGAGGGCGAGUGGCGCCACGUCACCCCCACUGACCUGGAGCUCGUGUUCGGGGGCCAGGACCUCAUGCCCGCCGAUGACAACAGCUCAAAUGGUGUGGGAGAGGAUACAUAG